GAAGUGGCCGCGCUCGGCGCUGCCAUGUUGAGGAGCCGCCGCUGCCGCUGCCGCCGCCGCCGCCGCCGCCGCUUUGUUGUCGCCUCCUCCGGCUGAGGAGGCUCCCCGAGCGGGGGGAGUGGGGAGGAGGGGGGUCGGCCGCCGCAGCCAUGGAGGCCAACUGGACCGCGUUCCUGUUCCAGGCCCAGGAAGCCUCCCAUCACCAACAGCAGGCAGCACAGAACAGCUUACUGCCCCUCCUGAGCUCUGCUGUGGAGCCCCCUGAUCAGAAACCAUUGCUUCCAAUACCAAUAAUUCAAAAACCUCAGGCUGCACCAGAAACAUUAAAGGAUGCUAUUGGGAUUAAAAAAGAGAAACCCAAAACUUCAUUUGUGUGCACUUACUGCAGUAAAGCGUUCAGGGACAGCUAUCACCUGAGGCGCCACGUAUCCUGCCACACAGGGAUCAAGUUGGUGUCCCGCUCAAAGAAAACCCCCACUACAGUGGUUCCCCUUAUCUCCACCAUCGCUGGGGACAGCAGCCGAACUUCGUUGGUCUCAACCAUUGCAGGCAUCUUGUCAACAGUCACUACAUCUUCCUCGGGCACCAACCCCAGUAGCAGUGCCAGCACCACAGCUAUGCCCGUCACCCAGUCUGUCAAGAAACCAAGUAAGCCUGUCAAGAAGAACCAUGCUUGUGAGAUGUGUGGGAAGGCCUUCCGAGACGUGUACCACCUCAAUCGGCACAAGCUCUCCCAUUCAGAUGAAAAGCCCUUUGAGUGUCCUAUUUGUAAUCAGCGCUUCAAGAGAAAGGACCGGAUGACUUACCAUGUGAGGUCUCAUGAAGGAGGCAUCACCAAACCCUAUACUUGCAGUGUUUGUGGGAAAGGCUUCUCGAGGCCUGACCACUUAAGCUGUCACGUAAAACAUGUCCAUUCAACAGAAAGACCCUUCAAAUGCCAAUUUUCCUCCCUCAUGCAGACGUGCACUGCUGCCUUUGCUACCAAAGACAGACUACGGACACACAUGGUGCGCCAUGAAGGCAAGGUAUCAUGUAACAUCUGUGGGAAGCUCCUGAGUGCAGCGUAUAUCACCAGCCACUUAAAGACACAUGGGCAGAGCCAAAGUAUCAACUGUAACACAUGUAAACAAGGCAUCAGUAAAACAUGUAUGAGUGAAGAGACCAGCAAUCAGAAGCAGCAGCAGCAACAGCAGCAGCAGCAGCAGCAGCAGCAGCAACAUGUGACAAGCUGGCCAGGGAAGCAGGUAGAGACCCUGAGAUUGUGGGAAGAAGCUGUCAAAGCACGAAAGAAAGAAGCUGCUAACCUGUGCCAAACCUCCACGGCUGCUACGACACCUGUGACUCUCACUACUCCAUUCAAUAUAACAUCCUCUGUGUCAUCUGGGACUAUGUCAAACCCAGUCACAGUGGCAGCUGCCAUGAGCAUGAGAAGUCCAGUAAAUGUUUCAAGUGCAGUUAACAUAACCAGCCCGAUGAACAUAGGACAUCCUGUAACUAUAACCAGCCCAUUAUCCAUGACCUCUCCUUUAACACUCACUACCCCAGUCAACCUUCCCACUCCUGUCACUGCCCCAGUGAAUAUAGCACACCCUGUCACAAUCACAUCUCCAAUGAAUCUGCCCACGCCUAUGACUUUAGCUGCCCCUCUCAAUAUAGCAAUGAGGCCUGUAGAAAGCAUGCCUUUCUUGCCCCAAGCUUUGCCUACGUCUCCGCCUUGGUAAACAGUAUUAUACAAUUGAAAUAUGGGUUAAAGUAAAUAUUUGCCAGCAGCUUUUUUUAGUUGAUUAAAACAAAAAGCAAAUAAUGAAAUUGGGAUAUUUUAUUAUAUUAGUUAAUAAGACUAUAGUAGUGUUUUCCUCCAAUUUGGCUGGGAUUAUUCAAAGUAGGGUAAUAUGUAAUUUAUCACUGGACCACUUUAGUUUAAUCAGAGAUUCCUUUUAGCUGACAGCAUUGCUUAAACAAGAUAGUAUUUGGCAGGAUGAAAUGCCAGAAUUAAAACCUAUCAUAAAAAAGCAAAGCCCAUUUCAAAAUAAAAACAGCAUUUACCAUUUCUAAUCCCAAGGAGUCAUUUUAUUCUAAACACUAGCAGAGCUCUUCAUAUUACAAGGUGGAUGGCUGAUUUUAUACUGAAAUUAUAAUCUGAAAUCCACAGAUUGAGAGCUAGUGUAGAAUUGUCUGUGUUUAUUAUUUUUAUGAGUAAGUACAUGCAUUGUAAUAAAAUGCAUUUCAGAGAAUAUGCAUUUUACCUUUGGGAAUAUGUUAAUUUCAGGCAGCAUUCCCUAUGGGAAAGGUGAUACCAGCUCUGAUAUGCAAAGCAUAUGAUAAUUUAUCAUUCUAACUUCAACAUAUAAUAGGGAUUGUGACCUGAUAUUUGGAGAUGUAAAUAUUGCUCAGCAUAUUAAUCCUGAUGGAAUAUAGCACUGUAGUUGACUUUUUAAAAAAAUUAAAAAACAAAAAAAAAAUGUGUUUUUGAUAAGAAAAGGCUGCACCUGACAGAGGAAAGUCAAGUGUGCAGACAGACAGGCUCCUAACAAAUGGAGGCCAGUGGGACUCCUUUUCAGGAGCCAAGGAGUACUUUGGAACAGCUCAUAUAUUGCUUUAAUUUGGAAGACGCUGGAGGCACUGGGAUGUGAUAUGCCCCUCUCUCUCCCAAUCAGAGCCUGUUGAUGUUACAACAGGGACAGAUGUGUUAGAUGCUCACUAGAGUUUAUGUCUUAUAUUAAAUUGUAUACAGUUUUUAUUCUAACCACUAACUAGGUAGUAUGCCCCUUCAGAACAAGCAGCGUGUAUCUUUUUAUCCUCCUUCCGUUUAAUCAAGUAUUGUGCAGAUUUGUUCAUUCAACUGUGUAAAUAUGGACGUCACUUUUUUUUUUCUUUUAGAAAACAUUUGUAUCAGCUUUGUGGUGUUUUCAGGGAGACAACGCUCUGCACUCUCUGUGGAACCCAGCAAUGAUUGUGCAUGUUGAGACAUGUGCUUUUUAUUUCUUAACAGGAUGUUUUAUCUCUGUACAUAGGGUAGAAACCAAAAGCUAAGAAAACAGAUACUCUACACCAUCAUGCCACACGUUAAUGUUUUUGAAGCAUUGUGUUUUGUGUUUUUUUAAAGAAGCUAACUAAAACCAAGACGCUGUGAUUUUUUUUUUUAAGUUGCAAUAUGUUUUUUGUUUUUUUUUUCUUUUCAUUUUUUUAAUCUUGCAGUUAAGAGAAAUGGAAAUUAGUUGUGUUAAUUCUGCAGAAUGUUUUCAGGACUGACUAUCAAACUGGGCGACUUCCGUUUAUACCCCACUGUGUCAGUUCAAGCAUCAAAAUACCUUGCAUCUGAAGCAGACUCUGAACAUCAGGGACAGGUAUCUAUCUGUGUGUCAUUAUUCAAAACAGUUCUAGGGGGUUGAACUACAUAGUAAAGAAAAAUUAAAUAAAUAGUACCUAGUGUAAAAUAAUUUUAUAAAUGAUCUUUUGUACUUUAGGACAUUAAAUUGUACAACUUUUGUAUAUAUAAAAGCUUAGGAACUUUCUGUUUAGCAGGAAGGCAACACAUUCCUACACUUUUAAUGUAUAUGUUUGUUAUAAUGUCCAUGUAAACAUGCCCUAUGUUUGUGCCUUUUAAUUAGUUUGUCUCAAUAAACAAAAUGUAGAGAAAAAUAUGUAGCUAUGACUUUGUUAUAACUGUUCUUAUCCACAGUACAAAAAUGGUUUGUUUUUAAUAUGUAGAGCAUUAUGUGUGGACUACUGGCAGGACUCGUGUAGAAAAGGCCCAGGAGUAGCCCUGCUGAGGUCUGGAUUGGGAAGGCACACGUUUGGAGGAAGCCUUCAUAUCUUUCCGUGCAUAUCCAAGACUGGGCUCUGGCUCUGCCUUCUGGGACCUAUCAUGUCUUUGGUAGGCUGGAAGUCACAAUCCUUCAUGAUUCAGAUAGCUCAGGCUUCCUCCACAGUGGCUAAAGGAGCAAUCUUCAAUAGGGGCAGGUGUGGGCCCUACCUGAAGGCUGGGAGUAUGGUCGUCAGAAUCUGAAAGUAUUAGUUCUUUU